AUGUCGGCAGGACACCGCAUGGAAGCCGCCCUCGAAGGCGUUCCCUUUCGCGUUGUUGACAAGAACAAGCGGUCUCGUUGCCAGCUUUGCGAUCUGACCAAACUGAUGCUAAUCGUUACCCGGCGCGAAUCGUUCGCUACUCCUCAUGGCAAAGGAGACGAAGAAGCAUGCCAAGACAAAGUUGCUGCUUUGAUCAAGAAGCACAAGCAAGAGUCAGCAGCCAGUCGCUGGGCAAGUGGAGUUACUGAAGAGCUCACGGAGCUGAGCAACCUAAUUGAAGCUUACUGGCAGUUGAAGUCUCAAUUUGAAGAGAAGAAGCAAGCUGCCAGCGACGAAGCGAAGCGCAAGCAGAAACGCCUAGCAGCAGCUGGGGGCAAAGCCAUAAGUAAGGCUGCUCUGAGACUAAAGAGACGAAAGAUAGCCGCGGCAACGGAAGGUGUACGGCGUACACCUCCAACGUCGGAUAAAGAAGAAGAGAAAAUCGACGAAAGUAGUCGUCGAUCCACUCCUCGCGGCCGCGAAGACUAUCGUGAAAUGGUUGGGAGUGAAUACAGCAGCGGAGGCGAGGGCUAUGCAGUAGAAUCCGAAGAACACAAGCAUGAACACUCCUUGUCUGAUAAAGAGUUAAUGUUGAAGCGAACACUUGGAACAGGUGUGCGAAGGGUUUCCUUUUCUUGCUGUCUCAUCUAA